AUGGCUCGAACAGAAACAUCAAAUUUUAGCCAUUCAACACCAAUAAAUACUUUAACAUCUUCAGUUACAACACGUUCAUAUAAUAAUUCAACAAAUAUAACAAAAGAUCAAAUACAACGUAGUGAUAUUGUUAAAACAGAAUUUACAGCACGUGAAGGUACAUAUAAAAUAUCUUCAAUUAUUGAUAACCUUGGAAAGUUCGGUACAAAUACAUGUUUAAAUGAACCAAUUAAAAUAACAUUAAUGACUCGAAUACAAACAAAUGUUGAUUCGAAUAGUCAAACAAGUUCAAGACGUUCAUCAACAUUAAAUAAUACAAUUAAUAAUCAUAAUUCAAUAAUAUCUAAUCAAGAUAAUCAAUCAAAUGAAAAUACAAUUGAAACAAGACCUUCAUCAACAUUAAAUGGAAUUGAAAUAAAUCAACAAAAUGGAAAUUUAAUUGUAACAGAAAUAUUAGCAUUUAAUGUUGGACGAGAAUUAAUUAUUUAUGAAUUUUCUGAACCAACACAGUCGAAUUUCGGUGAACCAAUCGAUCAUCGUAUUUAUAAACAAAAUCAUCAACCAACUUGUCAUGAUAUAAUGCAACAGCCUGAUACAAAUAUUUUACAUAUACUUGUCGGUUUUUCUAAAGGACAAAUACAAUAUAUAAAUACACAUACCAAAGAACAAAAAGUAUUCAAUGAAGGAAGUUAUUUAGAUAAAGCAAAAGUAACAUGUAUUAAAUGGUUAUCAUCACCAAAAACAUAUUUUGCUGCAUCGUAUUCAAGUGGUUAUUUGUAUAUAUUUGAUGAACAACUUAAUCAUCAACGUGAUACAACUGUUCAACCAACAUAUACAACAAUAAAAGAUGAUGAAAAAAAUUUUUCCAUAUCUUAUUUGAAGAAUAAAACAAAACAAGCACGUAAUCCUGUAUCACGUUGGUCAAUUGGUAGUGGAAGUAUUAAUGAAUUUGCUUUUUCACCUGAUCAUAUUUUACUAGCUGUUGUAUCACAAGAUGGAUUUCUACGAAUAUUUAAUUAUGAAAAAAAAGAAUUAAUUGCUUAUAUGAGAAGUUAUUUUGGUGGUCUUCUUUGUGUAUGUUGGUCACCCGAUGGUAAAUAUCUUGCAACUGGUGGUGAAGAUGAUUUUAUAACAUUAUUUUCUAUUGAUCCUGAAGAACAUUCACCACGUGUUUUAUGUCGUGGAUAUGGUCAUACCUCAUGGAUAAGUGCAAUAUCAUUUGAUCCAUAUAUGAAUGCUAAAACAUAUUAUUCAUCAUUUAUACAAAAAACAUCAUCAUCAUUAAAUGAUGAUAAUGAUAAUUGUUAUGAAAGAUUAUCGAAAACAAAUUCAUAUACAAAAAGUAAUUCAUCAUUUUUUGAUACAAAUAUUCCAUCAUUAUUUUAUCGUAUUGGUUCAGUUGGACAAGAUAAUCGUUUAUGUUUUUGGGAUAUAACAGAAGAUAUACUUAAAAUAAAUAAAAUUCAUUUAACAAAUAAUACUAAAAGAAAUUCAUCUAUUCAUCCAUUAAUAUCAUCAAUAUCAAAUGGUUAUUCAUCACAUUUAUCUGAUACAACAGCAUUAACAUCAACAAAUCCAUUAGGUACAACAAGAAAAUCAUCAUUUUCAUCUUUAACAUCACGUUUAACAUUUGCACGUAAUUCAAAUAAAGUUCAUAAAUCUAUUGAUGAUACACCUGAUAGUUCAUUAGUAACACUAACAAAUGGUUCAUUAAAAGGAACACGUAAAACACCAUUAUUACCACAUAUAUCAAAUGGUUCAAAAUCUACAAUAUCAAAUGAUACUGGUCAAGGAUCAUUAUCAACAUUAACAAAUAAUAGUUUAUCAUUACGUCGAACAAAUUUUGAUUUAACUAAAAGUACGUUUGGAACAAAUCUAUGUCCAAGAUUAGAUGAUAUACAAAUUAUUGAACCAAUUGUUACUGAAUUUAUUUCUCAUGAACGUUUAAAUGGAAUUUAUUUUUGUGAAAAUUGUUUAUUUACAUCAUCACAAGAUGGUGUUAUUACAAUUUGGGAAAAACCACAAACUAUUCUACAGACUAAUUCCACUGACGAUCAAACAACAAGUUUAUCUACUUUAAUCAACAGUGAAAAACCUAUUGAAAAAGUUUUUACAUCAUUAAGAAUAAUUCUUUGGUCAAAUGUCUUGAAUAAAAUUUUCUAUCAAUCGAAAAAUUCAUUUCUUAUGAUGUUUGAUAGUGAUUUAAAUCGUUUAUUUAUUAAUCUUAUUCAAAAUUUAAAUUUAAUUAAUGAUAAAGAAAAAUAUUUUCUUGAAAUAUCAUCAAAUGAUCAACAACAAACUAUUGAAAAUCUUCUUAAAAAUUCAAAAUUUAUUUCUUAUGAUAAUGAUAAUCGAUUAAUAGUUAAUAUUGAACAUGUUGAUAAUGAUUAUCUAUUAAAAUCUUCAAAAGAGACUUCUAAUGAAAUUCAAAUUAUUCAUAUAUGUGAUUUUCAAUCUCAAUAUCAAUGUGAAUUAUUUGUUAUUCUAUCGAAAAUAAUUUAUAUGAAUUAUUCUCAUUUAAAACAAUAUUUUCUCACAUUAGCACCUGCUGUUAUUGGUGAUGAUCGACCAUCAAUGAAAUAUGAUGAAUUAUCUGUUGAUAAUUAUAUCAAAGAAGUGUUGGCAAAGAUUGUUAAUGAACGUGCUGGUGCAAGUUCUUUCAUUUCAAUGGCUGUAUUUAAAUUACAAUUGAUGUGUCGAAAAGCAAAUUCAAUUGUCCAUUUACGAUCGAAUCUUGAAACAAAUCAUGAUACUUUAUUUUUAUUAUAUACAGGUGCUCGUUUAAUGUCAAUUCUGAAUAAUUAUAAUGAAAAAUAUCAAAAUGGUUUUUAUCCAAUUCGAGAAUAUUUCAAUGAUAAACUCGAUGAGAAAUUGAUGAGUAAAAAUGAACAAGAAUUCCUUAAAUGGGUUGAUGCAUUUGAAUCUCGUUUUCUUGUUAUUACAUUUAAUCAUGGAAAUAAAAUUCAAAUUAAUCUUGAUAAGAUUUUUCAAGAAUUUAUUUUAUUUUGUCGACGUUUGAGUCCAUAUUAUUCAAAAGUUCGAAUAUUAACUGAAAAUCAAAGUCAUUUAUUACCAAUAAUGUUUGCGCGUUUGGAAUUGAUCGAUCGAAUUCAACAAGUUAUAAUAUUAAUGAAUUCAUUUGGUACGUCACGAAAACGAUCAUUAGGAUUUGAUAAAGAAAAUGUUUGGUCAUCAGUUUUAGGCAUAGAAGUCAAUGAUUUGAAUGUAACAGUAAAACACCCACGACUUGCAUUUGAAUCAGCAACAAUUGAUAAUAAUCUAUUCAAUUCAAUUCCAUAUUCACCUCCAGAUAAUUUUUUAAUCAAACCAGUGGAUACUUGGUCUUCACUUGAUUUGGACCGUAUUCUUCUGACUCCAACACAAGAAUCUCAAAAAAAUGUUUUAACUAAUUCAGAAACUCGUUAUAAAAAUGGUUCAUUUCGUCAAGUAUUAAAAUGGAUUCGUUCAUUAGGACAAUAUGGUGAUGGAAAUAAUGCAUUUCGUGAACCGAAUAGUGUUGCAUGGCUUGAAUGUGGAAAAUUAGCUGUUGUUGAUACAAACGCUCAUUGUAUUAAAGUAUUUGAUAGUGAAACAGGUCAAUUUGAAUAUUCAUUUGGUCGUGGUCGAACAUUAGGUUGUCAAAAUUUACUUUAUCCAUAUCGUAUAGCUGUUGUACCUGGUGGUGAUGAUCAAUUAGUUGUUAUUCAACGUCAUCCUCGACCACAAAUUCAUAUAUUUAGUUGUAAAGGUGAAUUUAUUCGUCGAUUUGGUCAACAUAUAGAAAGACCACGUGCAUUAACUGUUGAUCAAUUACAUCGUAUUCUUGUUAUUGAAUCUCAAUUACAAAAAUUACACAUAUUUUCAUUAGAUGGAAAAAUUUUGUCUGUAUUUAAUUUAAAUCAACAAUUACAAUUUCCAACAUCAAUAUGUUCAAAUAAUUAUGAAAUAUUUAUAUCCGAUAAUCAUCUUCAUACAAUAAAAGUUUUUUCAUAUAAUGGACAAUUAAUACGUGAAAUAAAAGAAAUAAAUUAUAUAACAUAUCCAACAAAUAUUAAAUUAAAUUCAAAAGGACAAUUAAUAACAAUUGAUAAUCAUCAAGGUUUAAAUAUAACUAUUUAUGAUGAAUAUCAACAAAAAAAACGUUUAGGUGCAUAUACAGCUCGUAAUUGUCAUUCACAAAUUCUUGAUGUUACUAUUCAACCAAAACAAAAUAUUCUUCAUUUAACUUCAAAAGACUAUCGAAUUUAUACAUAUCAACUUCCGUUAUUUUUUUUCUUAGUUAAUACAGAUGUCAAAUCUGAACAAUCUGAUGAUAAAGAUAAAACUGAGUCCACAUCAUCAGAAGUCUCAAUUGAUCAAUCGACUGAUAAAAUAACUGAACAAAUAAAGUCUGAUGUUGAUAAUAAACCAACAAAUGAAAUCAAUCCUUCUGAAUCAAAAUCAAUAAAAAUUGAUGAAUCAAUUAAACCAAAACAGAAUUUAAUAAUUAAAUAUCAUAUUGAAAAGCAAAAUCCUAAUUCUGAUUUACAAGAAGAAAAUCUUAAUUUAUUAAAAAAUCAACAGAAUCUUCCUGUUACAUUCGAAGAAUCGCAAUCAAAUUCAAAUGAAAACGAUAGUGAUAUUCAAGAAGAAAAUUCUGAUUAUGAUAAUGAUGAUGACAAUAAUGAAAUUUCUUUAACACCUGAAAUGGAACAAGCUGAUACAAUUUACCAUCAAGCUAUGAAACUUAUUAAUGUAACAACUAAUCGACAAUAUCAAACUGCUUAUAAAUUAUUUAAACAAGCUGCUAAUUUAGGUCAUAUUGGAGCAAAAGAAGAACUUGCUUUUGGACAUAUUAUUGGUAUAUAUUUACCAAUGGAUUUUAAUCUUGCUAAAACAUAUUUUGAAGAAGGUGUUAAAAUUGGUUCACCACAAUCUCAUUAUGGACUUUAUUUUAUGAACAGUGUUGGACUUAUUCCAAAUGCAAGCAUUUCAAAAGCAUUAGUUCAUUUAACGUUUGCUGCUACUGAUGGUUAUCAUUUAGCUCAAAUGGCACUUGCUAAUCGAUAUUGGCGUUCGAUAAAUGUUGGUCACAGCUGUGAAUUAGCUUUAAUGUUUUAUCAACAAGCUGCUACAUAUGUUGCUUCAAAAAUAACAACAGCCAGUGGUUUAAUGGUUCAACGUAUUCGUUUAUAUGAUGAUGAAGAACAUCCAAUACAAAAUAAUAUUCUAAUUGAUCAUAAUCUUUUACAAUAUUAUCAAUUAUUAGCUGAUCGUGGUGAUCCACAAGCUCAAUAUGGUAUUGGUCAAUUAUAUUAUUUUCGUGAUAUAGCAUAUGAUAAGGCAUUAUACUAUUUUCGUUUAGCAGCUGAAAAUGGUAAUGUAAAUGCUUUAGCAUAUUUAGGAAAAUUAUAUUCGGAAAAAAAUGAUUUUAUUCAACAAAAUAAUCAAACAGCUUUACAAUUCUUUCAAAGUGCAGCUGAUAAAGGUAAUCCAAUAGGUCAAGCUGGUCUUGGUCUAGCCUAUUAUCAUGGUGCUGGUGUUGAAAAAAAUUAUGACAAAGCUUUUAGAUUAUUUCAUUUAUCAGCUGAUCAAUCUUAUGCUGAAGGACAACUCAUGCUUGGUGUUAUGUAUUAUAAUGGUCAAGGUAUUGGACGAGAUAUUAAAAUGGCUCUUAAAUGGUUUCAAGCUGCAUCUCAAUCAGGACAUAUUCUUGCUUAUUAUAAUUUAGCACAAAUGCAUGCAACUGGUACAGGUGUAUUACGAUCAUGUCCAACGGCUACAGAACUUUUUAAAAGUGUUGCUGAACGUGGUCAAUGGUCACAUAUGUUUACACAAGCAUUUCAAUUAUAUAAUCAAGGACAUAUUGAACAAGCAUUUAUGAUUUAUUUAUAUUUAGCUGAAGUUGGUUAUGAAGUUGCACAAUCCAAUGUUGCUUAUAUUAUUGAUCAAAUGCCAAUUGAUAUUUCAAAUAUAUAUAAAAAACAACAAGAAAGAUAUAAAAAAGCUUUAAUUUAUUGGCAUAGAGCUGCUAUUCAAGGUUUUCAUUAUGCAAGAAUUAAAUUAGGAGAUUAUUAUUUUUAUGGACAUGGAACUGAACAAAAUUAUGAAUUAGCAGCUAGUCAUUAUAAAUCUGCAAGUGAUUUAAGUAGAAAUCCACAAGCAAUAUUUAAUUUAGCAUACAUGCAUGAAAAAGGCUUAGGAUUAAAACGAGAUAUACAUCUAGCAAAACGUUUUUAUGAUAUGGCAUUAGAAACACAUGCCGAAGCUUAUUUACCGGUUGCUAUUGUUCUUUUUAGACUAAAGUUUCAAUUGCUUUUUGAAAAUUUAUUUUCAAAUUUUUUCUCAUUUACGAACAAUCAAACAUCGAAUACAAAAGAAAAUAAUUCAACUACAACUGAUUUAGAUUCAUCAUGGGAUUUAUAUUUAAUGGUACUAUUACUUGGACUCAUAGGUGUUUUAUAUACAAUACGUAGACAAAGAAUGGCUUUAGUACAGCAACCAGUCCAAGCUCCAAUGCAGUGA